AUGCAAACGCAAGCCGAUCCACGAAGACCAAAUAGAAUCGUCAGAUUCAAAGCAGCAGAUCCACAAGCCAACAAUGCAAUCAGUGAUGACCCUCUUCCUGAGUACAUGAAUGUUUUGGGGAUGAUCUUCAGCAUGUGUGGAUUGAUGAUGAGGAUGAAGUGGUGUGCUUGGAUGGCUUUGCUGUGUUCUUGUGUCAGUUUUGCAAACACUCGAUCAUCAGACGAUGCAAAACAGAUUGUGAGCAGUUUUAUGCUUUCUGUUUCGGCUGUCGUGAUGAGUUAUCUGCAGAAUCCUCAACCAAUCAUUCCUCCUUGGGCUUCGUUCAUGUGA